GUUGCCGUACCGAGUAUACGGCACGCGGUACAUAAUAAAGUUAUAAAGUUCCGUGGCUUCAUGUCAAGUGGCUGAUAUCGGACUAGCAUUGUACCUCGGCUCAUCGAGGAAAAAAGGGGGCAGCUGUAUCCUUGUUGUUCUCGCUUAUUGAAUUGUAGUUUUUCCGCACCUCGUUCUCUCACUUACCCGUACAUGGAAUUUCUAUUCUGGGUCCUCAGAAUUGCCUUUAGAGAUCAAACAUAAAUCUAACCUGAGAACUGUUCUCUACUGUAAUAUAUUCUCUUGUUGACAUCAAUCGGUUUAGCUGAAAUUACCAUCUCGAAUUUCUCUACCCAGAAUGUUCGAACGAAGCGAGGUUGUGGACGCUGUUCCACAGAACGGUGACUUGAACAAACAGAGGACUGUUGAAGAUUUACCCCUCCCUCACGACUUUGUUUGGGGUGCUGCUACGGCGGCGUAUCAAGUUGAGGGUGGCGCAAAUCAGGACGGCAAAGGCCCCUCGAUUUGGGACACUUUCUCUCAUCUGGUCCCUUCACGUACCAGCAGCGACAAUGCCGACGUAUCGUGUGAUCAUUACAACCGCAUGCCCAAAGAUGUAGAGAUGAUGGCCGCAUUGGAUCUCGAUGUUUAUCGUUUCUCCAUCUCAUGGUCACGGAUCAUCCCUCUCGGUGGACGUGAUGACCAAGUCAACGAAGCGGGCAUUGCUUUCUACAACAACCUUAUCGACCACUUACUGGCACGCAAUAUCAAACCCUCCGUCACUCUUUACCAUUGGGAUAUUCCUCAAGCUCUUUACGAUCGAUAUGGUGGUUUCCUGAAUACAGCCGAAUUCAAGGCCGACUUUGAACAUUAUGCACGUUUGUGCUUCUCCCGGUUUGGAGACCGUGUCAAGGAAUGGAUCACUUUCAACGAGCCGUAUGUCAUUUCGGUUUUUGGACACCACAGCGGUUCACUUGCUCCUGGCCACAACAAGGCGACAGGAUUCGAUACGAAAACUGAACCCUGGCGGGUCGGACACACAAUCAUCCUCUCACACGCAUCUGUUGCGCAAAUAUAUGCGAACGAGUUCCAGCCAUCUCAGGGAGGUACCACGGCAAUUGUUCUGAACGGUCACAUGUAUGAGCCUUUCGAUGAGAACAGCGAAGCAGACCGAGCCGCCGCACCGCGCAGGAUGGAAUUCUACUUUGGUUGGUUUGCAGACCCAAUCUUUUUGGGACAGGACUACCCCGCCGUGAUGCGUGCCCAGUUGGGCGACCGUCUGCCCAAAUUCACACCAGAAGAGCUCAAACUCUUACGAGACUCGGUUUCUCUGAAUCCUUUCUUUGGUCUGAAUCAUUAUUCGACAAAGUUUGCGCGGGCUCUUCCUGAUCCACCCGCCGACGACGACAUUACAGGAAAUGUUGAAGAAGGCUCAUUCAACGUUCGAGGAGAGGAAGUUGGACCUGUCUCUGGAAUGCUGUGGUUACGAGUUGCGCCCGACGGUUUUCGCAAGCUGCUCAACUGGCUGUACAAACGUUACAAAAUACCAAUCAUCGUGACAGAGAAUGGGUGUCCAUGUCCGGGUGAGAACUCAAUGACAUUGGAGCAAGCGGUAGAUGAUCAAUUCCGCUUGCGGUAUCUCGGACUGUAUCUGGAUUCGAUUUCGCGGGCCAUCUAUGAAGAUGGGGUCCCAGUUCGAGGUUACUAUGUUUGGAGUUUAAUGGACAAUUUUGAAUGGUCCGCAGGAUACAGCGCUCGGUUUGGCAUUAUUCAUGUAGACUACGACACUCAGGUGCGAACGCCAAAGAAAUCGGCGGCAUAUUUGAAGAAAACUUUUAAGGAUAGGAGAGCGCGGUCAAUAGAGUGUUAGAGAAUGUGAUGGUAGCUUUCAAACCUGUGUAUGUAGCUGAGGCGUGGAAAUGCAUUUGCCCUACUGGAUUCUGCUCCUCUGGUCAUUUAUCG